AUCGCAGGUCGCAUAUCUCGAAGGUGAGCGACGUUACAUCUACGCACACGAACAUUGAUCUACGAAGCUAAUAAUUUCAAAGAGAAACACCAUGUCUAUAUGGCUGAUACAUCCAGAAUUUCCAUAGCAGGUCUCAACGAUAACAACGUCGUGUACUUUGCUAAGGCUUUAGACGAUGCUGUGAGGACAUUGAGUACCUAGGCAUUAGAACAUUGACGCUGGCAUUAGAGAUUUUGAGGAUAGAUGUACUGUGUAGGUAGGUACCUAUUUACUAAUGCAAAUAACCAGAUUCUGUCAUUUGCCCGCUGUGUCUUGUCCUCUGCGUCCUCCAGCGUUCUUAUCUCCCAUGCUACGUUUACCCCGCUAUUUAUGGUGGAGGCGGAGAUAGGCGACGACAUCUUAGUGGCCUCAAGUCCUCCAAGAGGAGCAUAGAGGGUGGACAACUGCAGCGGAUUGAUUGUGGGGCAGAACUGCGAAUAGCGGCCGACUUACACUAGCGUAACAGACAUCCUAAGGGCAUACAGGCGAAUCAAAAAGAGCAUUCGAGUAUGGUAUAUGUGAGCUGGACUAAAGAUGACUGCUUGACAUUAUUGUGUACUCAAUUUCUCCCCCUGAAUUGAACCCAGUGCUGCAAAACCUAAGUCAGUGAAGAAAUUGUAUUCCAACGAGAAGAAUGGGGUCACUGCCAGAGCACCCUCGCGGGAUCCGGAUUGCGAUUGAUCGCGGCGGCACAUUCACAGAUUGUGUUGCUAUGAUACCGGGGCAACAGGAUAUUCUCGUCAAGCUAUUGUCCGUAGAUCCUGCCAACUAUGCCGACGCCCCUGUCGAAGCAAUUCGGCGGGUCCUCGAAAAGGCUACGGGGAAACCGUAUCCAAAGGGGCAGAAAAUCUCCUUACGGGGUGUUGAGUCAAUUAAGAUGGGAACCACUGUAGCAACCAAUGCUUUAUUAGAGAGAAAAGGGGAACGCACCGCGUUUGUGGUGACCAAGGGGUUGAAGGAUCUACUUCAUAUCGGAAACCAGUCGAGGCCAAAACUCUUUGACAUGGCAAUAAAUAAGCCUGAUGUUCUAUAUUCAAAGGUCAUUGAGGUCGCGGAGAGAGUGACUCUCGAAGCUUGGACCGAGAGGAAAACUUUAGUGAAGAUCGAUAUAAAAUCUGAUCCAGCACUUGUCCAGGGCGUAACGGGAGAGGCAGUGAGGAUUCUAGAGCCUAUAGAUAUUGAAGAGACGAGAAAGGCCCUCCAGGAUGUGUACGACGAGGGCUAUCGCUCUGUCGCAAUAUGUCUGAUGCAUAGCUACACAUUUCGCGAGCAUGAGCUCGUAGUAGGAAGAUUGGCGGAAGAGAUCGGAUUUACGCAUAUCUCAUUGAGCUCUAAAUUAUCCCCGACGGUCAAGAUUGUCCCGAGAGGUAACUCAUCCACUGCAGAUGCUUACCUCACUCCGGAGAUCAAGAGGUAUAUCAACGGAUUUGAGAGCGGAUUCGAAGAUCUUCGAUCGAGUGGGUGUCGUUGUGAGUUUAUGCAAAGCGAUGGUGGUCUUGUGGAGUUUUCAGGCCUCUCGGGGCUACGGGCAAUUCUCUCUGGCCCCGCGGGAGGUUGCGUGGGAUACGCAAGGACCGCAUACGACGAGCAAGAUAAGACGCCAGUAAUUGGGUUCGAUAUGGGCGGAACUAGUACGGAUGUUUCAAGAUAUGCUGGCAAGUUAGAGCAGGUGUUCGAGACGACCACGGCAGGCGUCACAGUUCAAAGUCCCCAAUUGGACAUUAACACAGUUGCUGCUGGAGGCGGCAGCAUCCUUAAAUGGGAGGCCGGAAUAUUCAAGGUCGGCCCAGAAAGCGCAUCCGCGCAUCCCGGUCCUGCUUGUUACCGUAAGGGGGGACCACUAACCGUCACCGACGCCAAUCUCAUUUUAGGGCGCCUUAGGCCCGAGUUCUUCCCCAAGAUAUUUGGGCCAAACGAAGACCUCCCUCUCGACAUAGAAGCUAGCAGGCGGCUUUUUGAAGAACUUACAGUUGAGAUUAACAAGGAGACUACAGUAAAGCUAACGCUAGAACAAGUAGCAGCGGGGUUUCUUGAUGUGGCCAACGAAUCCAUGUGCAGGCCGAUUAGAAUUCUCACUGAAGCUAAAGGAUAUGACGCAGGACGUCAUCAUCUCGCAUCAUUUGGUGGUGCAGGUGGCCAACAUGCUUGCGAUAUUGCGAGAAAACUAGGGAUUUCCCGCGUUUUAAUCCACAAAUACUCUUCCGUGUUGUCGGCGUACGGCAUGGCUCUGGCAGACCUUGUCCAUGAAGAACGUAGUCCCUGCGCCUUGAUAUACUCCGAGGACCAGCUUGAUAUCUUCGCCAACGAGCUGGAUAAGUUGCAAGCGAAAUCAGUUGAAGCGCUACGGAAACAGCGGAUAACAGAGAAGAGGGUUGUGUCAGAAAGAUACCUCAACAUGCGGUUCCAGGGAAGCGACACGCCUCUGAUGAUACAAGAGACUCCCGGUUCCGACUUCUUAAGUGCCUUUAAAGAAGCACAUCAGCAGCAAUUUGGAUUCUUGCCCGUGGGGCGAGAAGUAAUCAUUGAUGAUUAUCGUGUCCGUUCUAUUGGCUCUAGCGGGGCUGAGGUACCUACUCCUUGGACCACAGAGCUCUCUAACUUGGAAGCAAACUGGGUAACGGAUGCCAAGGUGACCAAGGAAGUCUACUUCAAAGAACUAGGGUGGCACCAGACACAGAUUCACAGACUUGAUGCGUUAACACCUGGAUGCAAAGUACAGGGCCCGGCACUUAUCAUCGACAACACGCAAACUAUCGUCGUCACGCCUGGAACAGCCGCGACGAUUCUUUCUAACACAGUGGUCAUAGACGUUGAGAUAGGAAAAAAGGAAAGUCUAUCAUCGAAGACAGCUGAUCCCAUCCAGCUGUCCAUAUUUGGACAUCGGUUUAUGGGCGUUGCUGAGCAGAUGGGUCGCGCACUUCAGAAAACGAGCGUGAGCACUAAUAUCAAAGAGCGACUGGAUUUCUCCUGCACCGUCUUUGCACCUGAUGGUGGAUUGGUGGCAAAUGCGCCGCAUGUACCCGCAAUGAUCGGAAGUAUGGCAUUCGCAGUAAAAUGGCAGAUAGAUUACUGGAAGAACAAUCUUCAUCCUGGCGAUGUCAUCUUGUCCAACUCUCCCGUCUGCGGCGGUACCCAUUUACCUGAUCUAACGGUUAUAACGCCCAUUUUCGAUGCUGAAGGAAAGAACAUAAUCUUCUGGACCGCGUCACGCGGUCACCAUGCGGAUGUCGGCGGUAUCCUUCCUGGCUCCAUGCCCCCAAACUCAAGGGAGCUUUGGGAAGAAGGCGCCGUCAUGAGGGCGUUCAAAGUCAUUGAGGGAGGCGAGUUCAAGGAAAAAGAAUUGACAGAGCUACUAAUGGAACCGGCAAAGUUUCCGGGAUGCCAGGGAACACGAUGUCUUCGCGAUAAUAUCUCAGAUAUCAAAGCCCAAGCUGCUGCAAAUCACCGCGGAAGCCAAUUGAUCCACUCACUUAUUGCAGAUUAUGGCCUCGAGGUCGUGCAGUUCUACAUGGAGGAGAUACAGGGAGCCGCCGAGCUGGCAGUGCGGGACAUGUUGAAGAGAAUUUCGAAAAUGACUAACGGAAAACCCCUCGAGGCCAUCGACUAUAUGGACGAUGGCACCGCGAUCCAGCUUAAAGUCGAAAUAGAUGAAAAGACGGGUGGCGCAAUCUUCAACUUUGAGGGAACUGGACCUGAGGCCUACGGAAAUUGGAAUGCGCCGAUAGCUAUAUGCCACUCGUCCAUCAUCUUCGCCCUGCGCUGCAUGGUGAAUAUGGAAAUCCCACUCAACCAAGGCGCCAUCCGGCCAAUCCAGGUGGAGAUCCCGGAAGAUUCACUGUUGCGGCCAUCCGAGAACGCAGCCGUCUGCGCGGGUAACGUAUUGACAUCUCAACGCAUUGUAGAUGUCAUCUUCCGCGCAUUCAAUGCAGUCGCCGCUAGUCAGGGUUGCAUGAAUAAUCUGACGUUCGGUAUCGAUGAUAGUGAAGACAGCUUCGGCUAUUAUGAAACAAUCUGCGGUGGUUCGGGAGGCGGACCCACCUGGGACGGCACGAGCGGUGUGCAUACUAAUAUGACAAACACACGCAUCACAGAUCCAGAGAUCCUCGAGCGCCGUUAUCCGGUAAUUCUGAGGAGAUUCUGCUUGCGCGAGGGUAGCGGUGGUGCCGGCCUGCAUCCCGGAGGCGAUGGUAUUAUCCGCGACAUCGAGUUCAGUCUACCGAUCAAAGUAUCGAUCUUGAGCGAGCGACGUGCAUUCGCGCCGUAUGGCCUCGAGGGCGGAGAAGACGCCAAAAGGGGCCAGAAUCUCUGGGUCAAGAAGACUGGUCGCACCAUCAACCUCGGAGGCAAGAAUACAGCCAUGAUGAACGCCGGGGACAGAAUUGUUAUUGAGUCUCCAGGAGGAGGCGGUUGGGGGAAGCCCAAUCAGACUAACGGUUCAAUGCAGAAAUCUGGAGCGCAAAAGGUUGCGAAGUCGUUUAUAGGCGUGGCUAAUGGCACCGUUGAUAUGAUACAGUCUAUGGGUGAAUCCGCAUGAUCAUGGCAGAACGGUGGAUAUAGCUGUAUUUAACGGGGAGACCCUCAUGAAGGUGGGUUGGAAGGUAGCUAGGAAUAGCUAUAACUAAAUCUAGGUAGAGUAACACAAAUAGACAGGAAAAAAUACUUAAAAAGGAAUGUGGAUCUACGAAUC